GCACAAGAAUGUCAUCUUCUUCCUACAUCAUCCUCGGCGCCGGCGUCAUCGGCCUAACCACCGCCCUCGAACUCCGCUCCCGUCACCCCACGUCCACCAUCACUAUCGUUGCAAAAUACCUCCCCGGCGACCACCACCCCACCUACACCUCUCCCUGGGCAGGAGCAAACUGGCUCUCCGUAGCCACCGACAAUGGAUCCCAAGAAUCCCGUGACGCCAUCACUUAUGCAAAAUUCAAAGAAUUAAGUACUGGGGAUAGAAGCAAAGAAGUAGGUGUUUAUGCAAUGCCCAUUACAGCGAUCUACGAUAGUGACAUUGAAAAUGCGGGGGUCUUGUCGCCGGCGACGGGGAAGAUUUGGUAUGAGGGGUUGGUGNGGGGAGUGAGGAUGCUUGGGACAGCAGAGUUGCCUGAGGGAGCGAAGUUUGGAUGUGAGUUGGAUACUUUUGUGGUGGAUACACAAGUUUAUCUUCCAUGGGAAGCGAAACGUCAGGGUAUAGAGAUUCGCAGAGGCACGUUUGACUCUCUUGAUGAGUUGUUCUCUGCUUUUCCCUCGGCAAAUGCAUAUCUCAACUGUACGGGCUUGGGUGCUUACUUCCUUGGAGGCGUAGAAGACAAAACCGUCUACCCAACGCGGAGACUGGAUACAGAAACUCAUUCUAGAACAGNNGGUCAAAUCAUGCUCGUUGAGAGCCCCAAAACUCCUAUGACAAGGAUGUACUUUCGCUCGCCGCAAAGGGUCAACAAAGACACUACUUAUGUUUUCCCACGCGGCCCUCACAAUGGUGUCGUGCUGGGAGGUGUUCGCCUCGACAAUGUUUGGGAUGGAGAUGUCGACCUCGAGUUUGCUGAAGACAUCAAGAGACGUUGCUGCGCUUUGGCUCCAGAACUUGGCAAGCCAGAAGACCUGAAAGUAAUUUAUCAUGGUGUUGGUUUGAGACCAAGCAGAACAGGUGGUGCUAGACUGGAAAGAGAGAAGUUUGGCGAGCGUUUGGUCAUUCACAACUACGGUGCCGGUGGCGCUGGAUACCAGGCGUCAUGG